AUGUCUGUUGAAAUCGAUCCCCAGGAGCUUGGCUUCCGCCGGCCCUUUACCGUCGAGGUCUCCCAGCUCCUGAAACUCAAGAACCCGAACAAGUCCCCGGUGGCUUUCAAGGUCAAAACAACCGCCCCCAAGCAGUACUGCGUGCGGCCAAACUCGGGUCGCAUCGAGCCCGGUCAUGAAGUCGAGGUCACUGUCCUCCUCCAGGCCAUGAAGCAGGACCCUCCUGCCGAUACCAAGUGCCGAGACAAAUUCCUGGUCCAGUCCGUCCCAAUCUCUGGAGACCUGGAGUUUAGCAACGUGCAAACGAUCUGGGAGUCUGUUGAGAAGUCGCAGGUCCAAGAGAAGAAGAUAAGAGUCGUCUUCCUGCCUGCUGGUGGUGCAGGUUCCGCUGGCGGUGUUGCUGCUACUCCCAUCAGGCCGCAGAACUUCACGAACGGCGUCGAGCAAACUCCGGAUACCGUCCCGCCUCCUGCUUACUCCUCGCCGGACGAGCACCGACCCACCAGCAGCAACGCUCCCCCAUCCGAGGGCGCCUCCGAAUACAAGGACGACCCAGAUGUCACCGCACCGAUUGCUGCCUCCCCCCAGGUGCCGACUGAUACUUCUAAGGAGGAGGUGAAGCGUGAUCUCGCAAGCUCAGGGGGCAUUGCUGCUGUGCCCGCGGAACAAGAGGGCUUGCGACAGCGUAAGGGCCCUACCGCCGCCGACGUUCCCAAGGCAGCCCAAAUCGCUACUGCCGCGAUACCACAGGGUACAGAAGGCGUCCCCAUCCAGAUUGUCGCUGCACUGUGUCUUGUCAGCUUUCUCUUGGCGUACUUCUUCUUCUAG